CUCAAAACUCCCCGUCUGUCUCUCACAACAGUCUCUCUCUCCCUCCCUCUACCAAUCUCAACCGCCUCUGUAAAAUUUUGAUCUUCAAGAUUUUAGUUAGGGUUCUUUUUGUUAAAAAUUUCAAAUUAUGGAUCGGGUUUCAUCCACUGAUAAGAUCAAGGGGCCAUGGAGUCCUGAAGAGGACCAGCUGUUGCACCAACUCGUGCAACGUUACGGCGCCAGGAACUGGUCGCUUAUAUCCAAAUCGAUUCCGGGUCGGUCCGGGAAAUCUUGCCGGCUAAGGUGGUGCAACCAGCUGUCUCCCGAGGUCCAGCACCGCUCCUUCACGUCCGACGAAGACGAGAUAAUCAUUCAAGCGCAUGCCAAGUACGGCAACAAGUGGGCUACCAUAGCGAGACUCUUGAACGGCCGUACGGAUAACGCGAUAAAGAAUCACUGGAACUCGACGUUGAAACGGAAGUACGCGGCGAUGACGACGGAAGAUGAAAACGACGAUACCAAAGAAAGAGAAAGAGAAAGUUUUCAUCAAGAGAAGAAAAGAUCGGCAGCUGGUUCGUUUUCUGGUAUUUCUUCUAGUCCUUCUGGAUCCGACGUGAGCGAUUCGGGUCUACCCGCGAUGUCUGGUUCGGAUAUAUGUGGGGCUGUAGGGAGGUUUGUUGGAAACGAUGGAAACGGUAAUGGUAAUGGUAAUGGUAAUGGUAAUGGUGAUGAUGUGUUGUUUGAUGUAUCGACUGAACUUACUUUGAAUUUGCCCGGUAUUAUGUCGAACGAGUUGAGGAAGAACGAUUUGAGUCGGUGUUGGGUACCGGGGAAGGAGGUUUCUCAGAAGGAGAGUAGUAUUGAUUAUAAUAAUAAAACGACGGUGUUUGGACCGGAAUUGAUGGCUAUGAUGCAAGAAAUGAUAAGGGAGGAAGUGAGGAAUUAUAUGGAAGAGGCUGUCACUAAUACUGGGAUUAAGCGUUUAUGAUUAAGCGAUGGAUUAAGGAAAACUUGGGUAAUUAGGACGUUGAUGAGUUAGAUAUUAUAAAGAAUAAAAAGAAAGUAAAUUAUCGGCCUGUAAAAAAAAAAAAAAAAAAAU